AAUAAAUUUAAAAUAUUGUUCAAGAUGACUGAUACAUACAAUGAAAAGUUUGCUGAUCGGGUUGCACAACUCAGCAUUUCCAAAUUUAUGAGUUUGGGGAAGACAGGGAAGCCGAAGGAACACACAGAGUGGACCUUACUGGCAUGCAUCUUGCAGUUGGAGGAAGGCAAUAUGCAGGUUGUGUCUUUAGGAACGGGUUCAAAAUGCAUUGGGGCUUCACAGCUAACAGGAACAGGAGACAUCCUUCAUGAUAGUCAUGCAGAGGUAGUGGCCAGGAGAGCUUUUGUACUCUAUCUCUUAGAACAGGUUGAUAGAGCAGUGAAAGGCCAAGAGAGCCUGUUCCAAGAGGAAGAAGGGAAGUAUGUUAUCAGGGAAGGAGUGACCUUUCACUUUUAUGUUAGUCACACUCCCUGUGGUGAUGCGUCUAUAUUCCCAAAGCAGGGAUACGAUGAAUACUAUGGUGACUGCCUGAAGACAUCUUGUACACAGCAUUAUAUUAUUAAUCAAGAGUAUGUUUGCGACACACAUCCUGUUAUGUUUGAGCAGGUUUCAGACUCAUCAAUUGAGGCCAACAAGGACAGAAAUGAAUUUGAACAGCCAACCAAGAAGUUGAAAAAAAACAGCAUUAUUUCUAGUUGUGCAGAUGGCACAAAAUGCCAUCAGAGCAAAUCUGAAAAAGAAACACCAUCCGAGAGCUGGUCAUGGGCUGUCACUGAAAAGUCUAACGAGAAAAGCAAUAAAAAUCUAGAAAAUCAAGAUAUUCACCGAACAGGAGCAAAGACUGUGGAAGGUGAACAGGAAGACCCAAGAUUGCCUGGGGCUGAUUAUCACGUCACUGGUGCUUUGCGCACAAAACCAGGGAGGGGAGAUCCCACCCUUUCCAUGUCCUGCAGUGACAAAAUCUUCAAAUGGACUGUUUUAGGAGUACAAGGAGCUCUCCUCAUGCUUUUCCUCAAAAGUCCAGUGUACUUGGAAACCAUAACCAUUGGUCAUUGUCCUUACAGUCAGGAAGCCAUGCUCAGAGCUUUAUUCAGUAGAUUUGAAACCAAAUUGAAAAAUGUUCAGCUCCCAGUAGGUUUUAGAAUUGUUACUCCAUAUUUGCUCUCUUCAGGCAUUGGCUUCCCUUUCUCCAGAGACAAUGUUACCCAGUUGUCUCCAGACCCCAGGAAGGUCAUGCCGUCCCCCACUUGCCUCGUCUGGAGCAACACUUCAACUCACCAAGACAAGCACGAAGUCGCAACAAAUGGCAGGAAGCAUGGCAUAACCAAAAAAGCAAUUGGCACACCCAAAAGUUGGGUCAGUAUAUGUUGCAAGUCUCUCCUCUUGAAGAUCAAAGACAUUGCUCACAGUGAUCAGUGCUACAUCAGUAAUGGGAUAGACUUCACAAAUCAUAAUUAUGGCAAGAUAAAGGCUCAUGCAAGGAGUUACUACCAAGCAUGGAAGGAAUUAAAAAGUAAUGUUCUAGACAACUGGACUGCUAAACCUAGCUUUGUUAAAACUUUCAAAGCCUAAAACUUUAAAUGAGUGUGAAGUUAUUCAAUUGUGAAUGCAGUGUUAUUCCUACCUUUUUAGCCUAUGGCAGAUGAUAUGUUGUUGCAUGUGAAUUGUAAAAAUAUCUUGACAAUUUUUGUAUUUAAUAUUUUGUAUAAUGCACAAUUUUUACUUAAGGUUAUGAUGGAGUGACUAGACUUAUAAAGUAAAUGUGCUUUACUUUUUUUUUUCUUUCUUUCUUUUUUUUUUUUUUUGGUUGUGCAAAGUUUUCAUAAUUCAUAUUUUAUAAGAGAGGGAAAAAGAUAUGACUUACACUAAGGUAUGGAACUCUUCUGAUAAUGUCCGAGAAAAGAAAUAAAAGUUUUUUAAAGAGAUAUAA